ACCGGAGGGAAUCUGUCCCUGUACGGUGCGUGUCGUCUUGUAAUUCGGCGCUUUUCAACCUUUCCUUCCUCCUUUGUCGCAGUCGCAGAUCCACCCAAAUCCACAAAAACCUUAAGUACAGAAUCGACAUGGAGACGGCACGCUUUUCCUGAAUCCAUUCGGGAUCCCCCUCCCUCUCUCUCUAGGGUUCUUCGGAUCUCACUUUUGAAUAUAACUGUGGUGGCGCCGGCGGUGUCUCGGUGAGAAUUUCGCUUCUGGGAGAUGUCGAGAGCCGGAGCCUUGGAUCUCGCCACUGGCGUCGGCGGAGAGAUUGAUAAAGGGGAAGUUCUCGCCGCCGUGGAGAAGUAUGAGAAGUAUCAUGGCUACUAUGGAGGUGAAGAGAAGGAGAGAAAGGAGAACUACACUGACAUGGUGAACAAAUAUUAUGAUCUUGUGACCAGCUUCUAUGAAUAUGGCUGGGGAGAGUCAUUUCAUUUUGCUCCCAGAUGGAAAGGGGAGUCUCUUAAAGAGAGCAUUAAACGACAUGAGCACUUCCUUGCUUUACAGUUAGGCCUAAAGCCUGGACAUAAGGUGUUGGAUGUUGGGUGUGGAAUUGGUGGACCAUUACGUGAAAUCUCUGAGUUCAGCAUGACAUCAGUUACAGGACUGAACAACAAUGAAUAUCAGAUAACAAGAGGAAAGGCACUUAACCGCAAUGCAGGAGUUGAUAAGACUUGUGACUUUGUGAAAGCAGAUUUCAUGAAAAUGCCAUUUCCUGACAAUAGUUUUGAUGCAGUGUAUGCAAUUGAGGCUACGUGUCAUGCUCCAGAUCCGGUUGGCUGCUACAAAGAGAUCUAUAGAGUAUUGAAGCCGGGCCAGUGUUUUGCUGCGUAUGAGUGGUGCAUGACUAAUUCCUAUGAUCCCAAUAACACAGAACACCAGAAAAUCAAGGCAGAAAUUGAGCUCGGUAAUGGACUCCCGGAUGUGAGGCUUACGGGACAAUGUAUUGAAGCUUUGAAGCAAGCUGGUUUUGUAGUUAUAUGGGACAAAGAUCUUGCAGCCGACUCACCUGUCCCUUGGUACCUGCCUUUGGACAAAAGUCAUUUCUCACUGAGUAGCUUCCGUCUAACGGCUGUUGGACGUUUUGUAACCAAAAACAUGGUCAUGGCUCUAGAAUAUGUCGGACUUGCCCCUAAGGGAAGUCAGAGGGUUCAAGCUUUCUUGGAGAAAGCCGCAGAAGGGCUAGUUGAUGGUGGAAGGAAGGAGAUCUUCACGCCAAUGUAUUUCUUCUUGGCUCGGAAGCCGCACACCGAUAGUCAGUAACGCCCAAGUGGAACUAGUCAAGAAGCUGCUUCGUUUAUUGAAUCUUUCUUGGCAGUUCUGACCAGCUGCUGUUGCUUGUGGGGAUUUUCUCCCGUGUUUUAGUUUUAAACUUCCUGCUUAAUUAACUGUAAUUUUUGUCUCUCUUCUGGCCCAUCAAAAUUCAAGAAUCAUAUGUUGUGCUUGAGAUACAGAUUUCCCUCUCCUUGGCAGGAAUUUAGUGCUUUGCUUUUA